CACUAAACAGAACAAUCCCUAAAGUGGGAGAUUGAAGAAAAGAGAUCGAAGAAACCAUAGAAGUGCUUCUGCUAUCUUUUCCAUUGUCGAUCUCCACCUUGCUGGCCGCUAGGUCCUGCAAGAGGCUAUCUUUUCUGAAAUGGCCGCCGGCUUCUUCAUCGAUGAUUUGACGGACGAAGGGGUAUACUACGAGUGUGGAUUGGAAGCUGUAGUGAGAACUUCCAGAACUUCCGACAACCCUAAUCGCAAAUUCUGGUCUUGCUCUCUUUACCACUCAAAGAGUAAGGUUGGGUGUGACUUCUUUGCUUGGUGUGAUUUGCGAGCUAUGCAAAACAGGGAACAAAGGCUCCUGGAUUUUAUUGUCAAUUUGCAAAGCAGAGUCUGUGAACUAGAAGAAGAGAAUAAGCGGCUUGCUCAGUUGGUUGCUGUCACUCCACCAGCUCCAGCUCUUGCUUGUGAGCAGUGUAAUGAUUUCGCCACAAAGGAUCUUCAAGUGGUGAAACAAAGAUUGCUUGCAGUGGAGAGACAACUCAGUAGAGUGGUGAUUAGCUAAAUCAGUACUUGUUUAUGGCAAUCUUGUGUAGUUGUGGUAGUUCGGUUAGCGACAAUUGUGUGACUUGUGAUCUUUGAUAUGGUCACCUAAGCUGGAGAAGCUGGUUUUUGUAUAGGUGAUCCUGUAACUUGUAUUUUGACUGUUCCAGUAGUUGUUAUGUUGUACUUCCAAAACCUGUAUUGUCCAGGAUUGUCUGUAUGACCAUUUAUGGCAGAAACAAUGUUGGUAAGAAUUGUCUGUAUGACCAUUUAUGGCAGAAACAAUGUUUGUAAGACCAUUUAUAUAUGACAGAAACUAAGUAGUUAGAGGGAAAAGUAUAAGCUUCAAUAUAACAUUACAUUCAUCAUAGAUCAGAGGUUCCCAAUGUGCACUUUACAAUCAAGUUCUCACAAGAUGUCUUGCAAUUACUAUAUGGUACUUACAUGAGACAGCUUCAUCCUACAGCUUGGUACAGCUUGGUACAUCAUGCGAACUUUACAAAAAAACAGCCUGAUUAUGGAUUUACCUCCAUCGAAGUUUACGAUCCUAGUAAGCUAACCAUAUAACUUCACAAAAUACAGGUUGUCCUACAUUUGCAAAGACUGUCAUUGAGUGUACUUCACAAUGACAGAUAGACAAAAAGAAAGGCCUCUUUGCAAACUGGACAACUACCUAAUAGCUUACAACCUAGUGGACUUACUAUACAACUACAUACAUAUUGGAAACACACCCUCAUUCAUCCUUGAGUAGAUUAAGAACAAGGGUCAACCUGUCCUCUUCCUUCUCCAGCUCAUAGAAGCACUUCAGGUCAUCUGAAUUGUUAGAAAAUCCCGAGCUAUUUGCGUACCCAGCAUCACAUAAAUAAUAACAACCUUCAAUACAUGAACAAUUUUAAAUGUUAUUAACAGGUUCAUUUAGGACUGUAAUUUUGUAUCUAACUGUUAAACUUAACUAUAGUAUUACCUGCGGCCACAGUAAGACCAUUUUCCCUAGUAAGGGCAUCACACAAAACUCUUCCGUCAUGGGCAGACCCCUCCCAUCCAGAUAAACAAUAGAUAAAUUCCAAGUUGGGUGUGCAAACACCCAACACAUUAAUGGAAAGAUCACCCUUCCUAUCGCGAUACCUAGUUCGAUCCUCUUUUAAUGGUCGGACAUCAAUAUGAGUUCCAUCUAGAGCUCCAAGACAUUUCUAACGCAACAUUGAAACAAGACUUUCAGGGGUUGAUUGACAGAAACAAAAUAAAAGAUGGAAUUUAUUGGAGAAAGAAAUCAGGGGCUGACCUUGAAAUGUUUCCACCUACUAUUGGUACAAUUGUCGGGAAUGGGAAGCGGCUUCUUCAUAAGUAAGUUGUUGAGCCUAAUAACAGCCCGCAGUACGCGGUGAAUUGUUCGAGAUAUUGUCUCUCCCGAACGACGUAAAUUCAGGCGUAAGGUUCUAUUUUUCUCGUUCUGUGAAAUAGUUCGAAGAAAGAUAUAAACCAUCUCGUCUAUAUCUACAUUCCUAGUUCUUUUCAGCCCACCUUCACUAACAAAAAGUUCACAAAACUUUCUGAAUAAGCUACGAUUCAUCCUGACUUGGUCGAAAGUAUCAAUAUCAGUCAUUUUAGUUGCAUUCCUAAGGUGCCUUUGUCUAUCAUAGUGUCUCUGCAAGUAGGUGUCCACUGGUUGCCUACUAAGGCGUGGAUUCAGGUAAUGUUUUUGUACUAAGUCAGCUAGUUUGAUACCUAAACUAACAUAAAUCAUGAGAAGGUUGGAGAACGAGCAAAUUGCUGCAACCACCUGGCGUCUACGGGUUGGAGCUAAACUUGAUAGUCGAGACAUCCUUUAUAAAAUAGUUAAAAAAAUACAUUAUCAGUGGAUAAAACAAGUACAACACACCAAUUCCAGAAACCCAUGUCGGUUAUAGAAGCAAAAAGAAGGAAACAGUUCUGUUCAGCCUGAAGUGUAAGCAGGCUAGACAGUGACCAUAACGAGCAUUAGAAGCAAAGCAAGAAGUAUAAAUAGUCGAGACAUCCUUUCAAACGGUUAAAAUGCAUAAUUAGUGGAUAAAUUAGGGAGAUUCAUUAUCAUAAACUAAAAAUUAAUUACACAAGAAAAAAUAAUCAAAGAGACAGCUUGUUUCAACUUGUCUCUUAAAAAACAUGACCAUUAUUAGCAGAAAAACAAGAAUCAACACGUUAAACCCAAACAGAGAUGGGAAAACAAUACACACAAAGAGGGUUAAUACUUAACAAAACAAAUUAACCAUGGAGAUCCUGAACUCUCCAUUAAAUCUCAGCCAUUAAUUUAUUAUAUAUGUAUCUCAAAGGUUCAUUUUGCUUUAAGUACUAUCAAAAACACUAACUUGACACUUUGCUAAUGGAAAGGGAAAAGAGAAAGGGAGUAAUAUUCUGGUCCAACAGACAGAAAACAAACUAUGAUUUAUUGGUGGAUUAAUUAGAAACACCCAAUUAGGUUGGACUUUGUCAUUUAAUGGGAAGGAACAAGGGUAGAGUUCGCAAAUUACAGAUUGUGAGAAAGAGAGAAGGAACCAAAAGAUUCACACUGACCGCAUCUAAAUCCCCAGGUAGCUAGACAAAUAGAGUAUUCAAAGUAGUUCAUCAAAAAUUUUAGGGUUAAUACGAGGGUUUUUUAUUUGUAACAAGAAUAAAUUGGAGAAGGGUCUUCCAUAAUCACUGUACCUGGAUCAAUCGUUGACAAGGAGAAUCGCUGCACCUCGUCCUUGAAACGAUCCUGAAGCUGCUGAAAGUUCACCGAUUGAUGAUUGUCGCUGUAGACCUUCAGUCGCUGGCUUCUUCUUCCUUCAAAGGAGCAAGAUACGAUAGAUAGGUUAAAAAUGACAACAAAGAGAGAGGAAAGCAGUUGAAGAUAAAGAAGGGCACUUAUG